AUGGAUCCAAUGUCAUCAACAAAUGAAAUCGGAAUGCAUGAUACUAAAUUGGACAUGUAUGACGAUGUAUUAUACAAUAUUGAUCCUCAAAAUGUCGAAGGAGAAAUGACCGUAGGAAGUACAAGACAGCAAGCUAAUCUUGGAGAACCUGAAUUUAAUACUUUAGAUGAACCUAUUAAGGAUACGAUUCUCAGAGAUCUUAAGACAGUUGGUAACAAAUUUUACCAUGUUAUUUAUCCAAAAGAAAAGUCAAGCUUACUUAAAGAAUGGGAUCUUUGGGGUCCUUUGGUGUUAUGUACGUUCAUGGCAAUGAUCUUGCAAGGUUCUGCUGAUGAUACAAAUUCAAAUGAUGGUGGACCAGAGUUUGCAGAAGUAUUUGUAAUAGUAUGGAUUGGAUCGAUGAUCGUAACAUUAAAUUCUAAACUAUUGGGAGGAAAUAUAUCGUUUUUCCAAAGUGUUUGUGUCCUGGGUUAUUGUCUAUUACCAACGACAAUAGCUCUCAUUGUAUGUAAAAUUAUUCUUCUAUUUGAACAAACAACUUAUUUAUUUUUUAUUCGCUUAGUUGUUGUAAUUGUUGGAUUUGUUUGGGCCACUUACGCGUCAACGGCUUUUCUUGGUGACAGUCAACCACCUCAACGGAAACUUCUGGCAAUAUAUCCAAUAUUUUUGUUUUAUUUCAUUAUUUCCUGGUUAAUUAUUUCUCAUUCCGCAUAA